AUGGACUUCACCAAUGCCUCCAGCUUCAUCCUGCUGGGCAUUCUUGGCCUACAGGCAGGCCAUAUCUGGAUCUCCAUUCCCUUCUGUGCUAUGUACGCCAUAGCUGUAUUUGGAAACUUCACCAUCUUGUUCAUCAUGAAGAGGGAGCUGAGCCUCCAUGGGCCCAUGUUCUAUUUCCUCUGCAUGCUGGCCAUCAGCAACCUGGUCCUGUCCACAUCCACCCUACCCAAAAUGCUGAGCAUUUUCUGGUUCAAUUCGAGGGAGAUCAGUUUCAGUGCCUGCCUCACCCAAAUGUACUUUGUUCACUCCUUCUCAGGGAUGGAGUCUGGAAUCCUCGUGGCAAUGGCUCUGGAUCGCUACGUGGCCAUCUGCCAUCCCCUGAGACAUUCCAUGACCCUGACAAACUAUAUUGUGGCCAAGAUAGGCCUGGCCGUGGUGCUGCGCAGAGGCAUACUCGCAUUACCCUAUCCCUUCCUGUUUGGCCACAAUGUGCCACUGCAUGUCUUCAUUCUCAUCGCCAGUGUGUACCACCUCGUUCCCCCUGUGCUGCACCCCAUCAUUUAUGGGGCGGCUGCUGUCCUCGGCACUUUGUACCCUAACAUGUGCCUGGGCCUGGGUGGGGAUUUUAAUACCAUCUCCGAGGACCAGAAUCACUCAGGGAUCGAGAGCAGCCAGGCUGCUGCAGGCAUCCUCAGAGAGAUUGUCAGUCAUCACUCCCUGGUGGACGACUUGCAUGACUGA